UACGUGACGUCGCUUCCUCUCUCCAACAUGGCGCAGGAGGCAGGUCGUUAAUGGAAAUCUGAGGGAUUUACCCCACCUUCUGUGUUUAUUUAUGUUUGUCUGUUAGGGGCUCUGCAGCUGACAUUUGUAAAGGAAUACAUCUCCAUUCGAGGAGCUGCAGCACACACCCCCCCCCCCCUCCUCUCCCCUUGGGACCACGCACACCUCGCCCCAAAAUUCCGGUGCGACAUGUUUGAGGGCAAAAAGACGAAAAACAUGUUCCUCACACGAGCUUUGGAGAAGAUCCUGGCCGACAAGGAGGUGAAAAAGGCUCACCAUUCACAAUUGCGAAAAGCCUGUGAGGUGGCACUGGAGGAAAUCAAAGAGGAAUCAGAAAAAUUAAGUCCGCCCAGUGGAGACAGCAAAUCAGGUUCCAGCACUUUACCGCCAAUCAAAUCAAAGACCAACUUCAUUGAAGCCGACAAGUACUUCUUGCCGUUUGAGCUGGCAUGUCAGUCCAAAUGUCCCCGCAUCGUCAUCACCUCGCUCGACUGUUUACAGAAACUGAUAGCGUACGGCCAUCUGACAGGCAGCGCCCCUGACAACACGGCGCCGGGCAAGAAGCUCAUCGACAGGAUCAUCGAGACCAUCUGCGCCUGUUUCCAAGGGCCGCAGACUGACGAGGGCGUGCAGCUACAGAUUAUCAAGGCUCUGUUGACAGCGGUGACCUCCCAGCACAUAGAAAUCCAUGAGGGCACCGUGCUGCAGGCCGUCCGCACAUGUUACAACAUCUACCUGGCCAGCAAGAACCUCAUCAACCAGACCACAGCCAAGGCCACGCUCACCCAGAUGCUCAACGUCAUUUUUGCACGCAUGGAAAAUCAAGCACUUACAAAUCACAAGCUAUCUUGGUCUCUGGCCUCCAGAAAGCGUGACCGCCAGCUGCAGGAAGCAAAGCAGCUGGAGAGGGAGCGUCACCGGCAGCACUCCCCUGUCACCCAGCACACCGAGCCAGACUCCCCCCAGCUCCAGACUCACAUCCACACAACUGCUAAAGGUCCGAGCCAGGAGGCCAACGGGCCUGUCACCCCUACAACUCCGAGCAUCAACAUCCCAUCCACCCCGUCCACUCCCUCAACACCCGCCCUUGAGGGAAGCAGCAGGUCUGUGUGUGAGGAGCAGGAGGAGCAGAGGGAGAGAGAGGAGCAGGAAGCGCAGGGGCGUUACGAGAGUCCAGAUCCAGAAAAUGGUUCUGAUUUCUGCGUGGCUGAAAAUGAACAGACGGAAGCGGAUCAAGCCACUGCAGCAGCACAGACAGCCCAGCAGCACCAAGAGGCAGGCGAGGAGGAAGAGGAGUCUCCUAACUAUGAAGAGAAAGCCCAGGAAAUUGUGCAGAGCAUUCUUCAGGAGGUGGUCAAUACUGUUGCAGGAGGACACUGCUUGGACCCCACAAACCUUUGCUCUGACACCAAAGAGUCCAGUGGGGAGAGCGAGCCUGCAGAGUCGGAGCCGGCUGAAGCGGUGACGGAGGGCACUCAGAGCUCUCUGGAGGACGAGAGCACCCUGGGUAGCGACAGUGAGCAUGUCCACGCCAACGGAAUCCCCGGCACGCCUAUUUCUGCCAGCUUCACCCCCUCGCUUCCUGAUGACCGACUGUCUGUCUCGUCCAACGACACUCAGGAAUCAGGAGGAGCACCCGGGCAGCAACCGGGUGCAAAGUUUUCCCACAUCCUCCAGAAAGACGCCUUCCUGGUCUUUCGCUCGCUCUGCAAGCUGUCUAUGAAACCGCUGUCAGACGGACCACCUGACCCCAAGUCCCACGAGCUGCGCUCAAAGGUCCUGUCCCUCCAGCUGCUCCUCUCCAUCCUGCAGAACGCUGGGCCCAUCUUCAAGACUAAUGAGAUGUUCAUCAACGCCAUCAAGCAGUACCUGUGCGUGGCCCUGUCCAAGAACGGCGUCUCCUCCGUGCCAGAGGUCUUCGAACUCUCGCUCUCCAUUUUCCUCACCCUGCUCUCUCACUUCAAGACGCACCUCAAGAUGCAAAUCGAGGUGUUCUUUAAGGAGAUUUUUCUCUACAUUCUUGAGACGUCCACGAGCUCCUACGACCACAAGUGGAUGGUCAUCCAAACCCUCACCAGAAUAUGUGCAGAUGCCCAGAGCGUGGUGGACAUCUACGUGAACUAUGAUUGUGACUUGAAUGCUGCUAACAUAUUUGAGCGGUUGGUCAAUGACCUCUCAAAGAUUGCACAGGGUCGUGGGGGCCAUGAGCUUGGCACAACACCCGUACAGGAGCUGACACUGAGAAAGAAAGGCCUUGAAUGUCUAGUGUCCAUCCUGAAAUGUAUGGUCGAAUGGAGUAAAGACCAAUAUGUCAACCCCAACUCCCAGACAAGCCUCGGUCAAGAGAAGCCGGUAGAACAGGAGAGCACAGAGACCAAGGCCCCGGAGACCAUAAACCGCUAUGGGAGCAUUAACUCUCUGGACUCCACAGCCUCGUCUGGCAUCGGUAGCUACAGCACCCAGAUGUCUGGUACUGACAACCCGGAGCAGUUUGAGGUCCUCAAACAGCAGAAAGAGAUCAUCGAGCAAGGCAUUGAUCUGUUCAACAAGAAACCAAAGAGAGGAAUCCAGUACCUUCAAGAGCAAGGCAUGCUGGGUACAACCCCAGAGGAUCUUGCGCAGUUCUUGCACCAGGAAGAGAGGCUUGAUUCGACUCAAGUGGGAGAAUUCCUCGGGGAUAAUGACCGUUUCAACAAAGAAGUGAUGUACGCAUACGUAGAUCAAAUGGACUUCCAGGGCAAAGACUUUGUUUCUGCACUACGCAUGUUCCUGGAGGGUUUUCGACUCCCUGGAGAGGCCCAGAAGAUUGACCGGCUCAUGGAGAAAUUUGCAGCAAGAUACCUUGAAUGCAACCAGGGGCAAACACUAUUUGCAAGUGCUGACACAGCGUACGUCCUUGCCUACUCAAUCAUUAUGUUGACAACAGACCUUCAUAGUCCACAGGUGAAGAAUAAGAUGACAAAAGAGCAAUACAUCAAGAUGAACCGCGGCAUCAACGACAGCAAAGACCUACCUGAGGAAUACCUCUCAGCCAUCUAUGACGAGAUUGCGGGGAAAAAGAUCGCCAUGAAGGAGACGAAAGAGCUCACCAUGAAAUCCAAUAAGCAGAGUGUGGCCAGUGAGAAGCAGAGACGUCUGCUUUACAACGUGGAGAUGGAGCAGAUGGCAAAGACGGCAAAAGCUCUGAUGGAGGCCGUGAGCCACGUCCAGGCUCCCUUCACCAGUGCCACACAUCUUGAACACGUCAGGCCCAUGUUCAAGCUGGCAUGGACUCCCUUCCUGGCUGCUUUUAGCGUUGGGCUUCAGGACUGUGAUGACACUGAGGUGGCCUCACUGUGUCUGGAGGGAAUCCGCUUUGCCAUCAGGAUUGCAUGCAUCUUCUCCAUCCAGUUGGAGAGAGAUGCAUAUGUGCAGGCCCUGGCGAGGUUCACUCUGCUGACCGCCAGCUCUGGCAUCUCAGAAAUGAAGCAGAAGAACAUCGACACCAUCAAGACCCUCAUCACUGUUGCACACACUGACGGCAACUACCUGGGCAACUCCUGGCAUGAGAUCAUGAAGUGCAUCAGUCAGCUGGAGCUGGCUCAGCUGAUCGGUACAGGGGUGAAAGCACGCUACAUCUCAGGGACGGUGCGGAGUAAAGAAGGCUUUAUUACAAGUACGAAGGAGCAGAGCAACGACGAGUACCUCGGUUUAGUUGGAGGGACAGUGGACAGAAAGCAGAUUUUGAGCAUUCAGGAGUCCAUCGGAGAAACAAGCUCUCAGAGUGUGGUGGUGGCUGUGGACAGGAUAUUCACUGGUUCUACUAGACUGGACGGUAACGCAAUAGUUGAUUUUGUGCGCUGGCUGUGUGCUGUGUCCAUGGAUGAGCUGGCCUCGCCCACACACCCACGUAUGUUCAGCCUGCAAAAAAUAGUCGAGAUUUCCUAUUACAACAUGGGCCGCAUCAGGCUGCAGUGGUCGAGGAUCUGGGAGGUUAUUGGUGACCACUUUAACAAGGUUGGCUGUAACACAAAUGAAGAUGUGGCGAUCUUUGCCGUGGACUCUCUCCGGCAGCUGUCCAUGAAAUUCCUGGAGAAGGGAGAGUUGGCCAACUUUAGAUUCCAGAAAGACUUUCUUAGGCCUUUUGAGCACAUCAUGAAAAAGAAUAGGUCUCCCACCAUCAGAGACAUGGUGGUGCGCUGUAUAGCCCAAAUGGUUAACUCCCAGGCGGCAAACAUCCGCUCAGGCUGGAAGAACAUCUUCUCCGUCUUCCACCUGGCUGCUUCUGACCAGGAUGAGAGCAUUGUAGAGCUGGCCUUCCAGACCACUGGUCACAUCGUCACGAAUGUAUUUGAAAAGCACUUUGCGGCCACCAUCGACUCCUUCCAGGACGCCGUUAAGUGUUUGUCCGAGUUCGCCUGUAAUGCCUCCUUCCCCGACACCAGCAUGGAAGCCAUCCGUCUCAUCCGACACUGCGCCAAAUACGUGUCAGAGAGGCCACAGGCCUUCAAAGAUUACACCAGUGAUGACAUGAAUGUAGCGCCUGAGGACCGUGUGUGGGUGCGGGGGUGGUUCCCCAUCCUUUUCGAGCUCUCCUGCAUCAUCAACAGGUGUAAGCUGGAUGUCAGGACCAGGGGGCUGACGGUGAUGUUUGAAGUGAUGAAGACAUACGGGCACACUUUUGAGAAACAUUGGUGGCAAGACCUAUUCAGAAUCGUCUUCAGGAUCUUUGACAACAUGAAGCUGCCUGAACAACAGACUGAGAAAGCAGAGUGGAUGACCACAACCUGUAACCAUGCACUUUAUGCCAUCUGCGAUGUCUUCACUCAAUACUUUGAGUCCCUCAGUGACGUCCUGCUGGAUGAUAUUCUGGCUCAGCUCUACUGGUGUGUGCAGCAAGAUAAUGAGCAGCUUGCCCGUUCGGGCACAAACUGUCUGGAGAAUGUGGUCAUCCUGAAUGGAGAGAAAUUCUCUCCAGAGACCUGGGACAAGACAUGUAACUGCAUGCUGGACAUCUUCAAGACUACCAUCCCACAUGCGCUGUUAACAUGGAGACCAGCUGGAGCAGAGGGAGAACACUUGACAACACAGAGCCUGUCAGACAAACAGCUGGACUCCAUUUCCCAGAAGUCAGUGGAUAUUCAGUCCCGCUCUGAUGACCAGCACUCCAUCAGCAGUGCAGACAGAGUCGCUUCUGAGAGUCGUCGACAGAGUCAGUUCAGCUCAGCCUCAGGCAUGUUAGAGGACGGCUCCAGGAGCAGAACCCCAACAAAGGUCCAGGAGCAGCGUUUAUUCUCCUCUCUGCUGAUAAAGUGUGUGGUGCAGCUCGAGCUCAUCCAGACGAUUGAUAACAUCGUGUUUUUUCCUGCCACCAGUAAGAAGGAAGAUGCUGAGAUUGACUGCCUGCUGGAGUCACACGGCUUCGCCAAGGCCUUCAACUCAAACAACGAGCAGAGGACCUUACUGUGGAAAGCAGGUUUCAAAGGAAAGUCGAAGCCCAACCUGUUAAAGCAGGAGACCAGCAGCCUGGCGUGCGGCUUGCGCAUCCUUUUUCGCAUGUACACAGACAAGAGUCGGCAGGACGCCUGGGAGGAGGUCCAGAGACGGCUGCUCAAUGUAUGCAGUGAGGCUGUAGCGUACUUCUUGGCUCUGACCUCAGAGAGCCACAGAGAGGCCUGGACCAACCUGCUGCUGCUCUUCCUCACCAAGGUGCUGAAGAUCAGCGACGAAAGGUUUAAGGCCCACGCAUCCAGGUACUACCCUCUGCUGUGUGAGAUCAUGCAGUUCGACCUGAUCCCGGAGCUCCGGGCCGUUCUGAGAAAGUUUUUCCUGCGUAUUGGCCAAGUGUUUCACAUCGCACAGCUACCUGAGCCCGAAGCAGACCCACAGCUGGCACAUGUCGAGCAGGAGGUGAACGAGGAGGCUGGAGAGAAGGCCCAGUGAUGCUGCGCCACAGACGGCCUGGAACAUAGAGCUCACCUGAAGCCACCACCUCAGAUCUGAGCAGGUCCCUCCAUGUGGUUUAUUCUGAAAAACCCCGAUUUACGUAGCUGAUUUCAGAUUGGCUAGUUUGUACUACCCACCUGCACCCUUAACCCCGUCAGCAGAUACACACACACAAACACGUACACACUAACAACCCAGACAGAGUACAUGAUAUCACAAUGAAAACAGUGUGAUCUUGUUAAAGGUGUAGCGAUGCCUACUGGAUAAAACUACUGAUAAACAACUGACAGUUAUCAUAUCUGAUCUCCUCAGAAGGAAACAUGUUUGUGCUUCUUACUGUAUAUUUAAAAAGUCAAGAAAGGUUUGAAAAGCUUGCAACGAAAGGACAUAUUCAGUUACUAUGAAAUGACACACAUUGUUAGAAAUGAUCUUUCUGUCUGCACAGCAGAUGGCUAACAUUAGCAUCGAUAGCCUCUCGGAUGAAACUAGUUGUACAGAUCUGCCGCUAUGUAAUAUAAUCUUAUAACACUAGAUUUCAUUUAUUUUUGUUUAUUUUUUUUUCCUCCUCUGGAUUUGCUGCACUUGAUCUCUUUUUGAAUGCACUGGAGAUUUGACUUUUGUGAUAAUUUAUUUGACUGUACCAUCUCCUGCAGAUUGUCCGACACAGUAUGAUUUGUCAUUGAAGAAGACCGCGCAAAUUGAAGGGUUAAAUUAUUCCAUUUUAUAUGUUCUUAUGUUUUUAAAAGGAGAUACAGUAAAUGAUAACUGGAAGGUAAGAGAGCGACCUGAUUCUAGCUGCUUGUGAGUCACUAGUCUGUUUUUAUGUUUAGUUUUCACUCAUGUGUACAAAUCAAAAGUUAAUAAUAUAUUUAAUGUUUGUUUUGUUUUUUGUUUGGGGGAAAGUUAUAUGUAUAGAGAAAAAUGAGAAAAGUUAGCUGUGCUUUAAGUAUGAAUGGGAUGCAUUCCUGCUCAUGGAUGUAGAAAAUCAAAAUGUAUAUGAUACAGCAAUGUAAAGUUUUCUAUGUUGCAAAAAAGAUUAUGUACAACUUUCUGUACAAAACAUCAUCUGGCAUUCUAAUCAGGUUCUAGGUCAAUAAAGUUUUUGAACUUGAUUUGAAAAGAUGAA